AUGACGAUGACGAUGCAUGCUAGGGCCAUCGCCGACGUCCAGUACGCCGACGUGGAUGACGCUUGGAACUACACGAAGACGUCGAAGCGGUACUACCGUGAUGCCCGGCGCCACCUCGAGGCCGCGGUCGACGCAUGGCUGCUCGAGGCCACAACCCGCCCGCUGCGCUUCGUCGUCAACCUCGGCGACCUCCUCGACGGCAAGAACGCUGCCCUCGGUCAGUCGGAAUCGUCGCUCGCGCUGCUCCGCGGGUCCUUGGAGCGCUUCCAGGACCGCGUCGGCCCCGUCCACCACUGCAUCGGGAACCACGAGCUGUACAACUUUACGCGCGACGAGUACCUGCGCCUCCUCGUGCAUCGGACGUCGUCGCGCGCGCUGCCGUCGUCGCUGCCGCCGCCCGCGACCACGGUCGCCUACUACUCGUUCACGAUCCCCGAGGCGCCAUCGUAUGUCUUUGCGAUUUUGGAUCCGUACGACACGUCCGUGCUCGGCAGCCGCCCGGGCUCGGCCGAGCACAGCGCGUGCAAAGAGUUUCUGCGUCAGCGCAACCCGAACGAGGACCUCAACUCGUCCGACCACCUCGACGGCCCGGCGAGGCGCUUUGUCGAGUACAACGGCGGUAUCGGCGCGUCGCAGCUCCAGUGGCUCGACGCGCUGCUCGAAGCGGCCGACGCCAAGAGACAGCAGGUUGUGCUCUUCUCCCACGUGCCGCUGCACCCGGACUCGUGCCACAUGGCGUGCCUCCUCUGGAACUACGAUGAGAUCCUUCGGCUGCUGCAGGCCCACGCGAGCGUCAAGGCCGUCCUCAGCGGGCACUGCCACGAGAACGGGUACACGCAAGACGACGCGUCUGGCGUGCACUAUGUCGUCUUCCAAGCCGCACUCGAAGCCCGCGAAAAUGCAUUUGCGACAGUCGACCUCUUCCCGUCGAUGCUGCGGAUCCGUGGCGUCGGCCAGCUCCCGUCGCGCGACUUGAUGUUUUCGUAG